CAAAAAAAGUUUCCGACACUCUCCCGCCAUCUCUGAAACUCACCCGCCAAUCCAUAAACAUGUCUACCCACCGCGCACUUUAGCAUUCACCCCCUAGAAAUUCAAAUCACUUCCCCUUUCUCCCUCACCUUCGAAUUGAAUAAUUUCAUCGUUAGUACGGAAAAUCAGAAUCGAAUACGUGGGAUUAAAUUAGAGGUAAGGGUUUAGGGUUUUGUGAGAGCAACCCAAUGGGUGGAAACAAGGUGUUGGAGGAUCUUAUUUCCACCGUCCGAUUGAUCGUUGGAUCGGAUUAUUCCGAGAUGGACAUAAUUAGAGCGCUUCACUUGGCCAAACACGAUGCGACCGCUGCCAUCAACAUAAUUUUUGAUUCGCCUCGAAGUUUCAAGCCCAGGGAGAAACAAAUUGAACCCGAAUCCGAACCCGUGGUCCGAAUUUCGAGCUCCGAUACAUCAACGGUUAGCGUAAAGCCCAAGAAAACAGGGAAAGAGAACAAGGAUUGUAGUUUUAGUAGUAAUGGAAAUGUUGCAUGUGGUGGGAGUGUUUUGGAAGAUGAAGGAAAUGUUAGGCUUGAAAACGAUUGGUGGUUUGUUGGUUCCAGCGAGGUACCUGGGCUUUCGACGAGUAAAGGAAGGAAAAUUAAGGUUGGGGAGGAAGUUAGCUUCACGUUUCCGUUGAAGGGUACUGGCUCUAGUCCGGCUGGAUCAAUGGGGAAAGGCUUUGGGAAAGGAAGAGCAGCUGCAGCUUGUUCAGAGAUUGUUAGAUUCUCUACAAAGAACUUUGGGGAGAUUGGUAGAAUACCCAAUGAAUGGGCACGCUGUCUGUUGCCGCUUGUGAGGGAUAAGAAGAUUAGAGUUGAGGGAAGGUGUAAAUCAGCUCCGGAUGUGUUGGGUGUAAUGGAUACUGUUCUCUUAUCGUUAAGUGUGUAUAUUAAUAGUUCCACGUUCCAUAAGUAUCAGCAAACUUCACUCAAGGCAGCAAGCAAUUGCAAUGAUGAAUCUAUUGUUCAUCCUCUUCCAAGUUUGUUCCGGUUGCUUGGCCUAACACCUUUUAAGAAGGCAGAACUAGCUCCUGGUGAUUUGUACACAAAGAAACGACCUUUGGAGACAAAGGAUGGUUCUGGUAUUCAUACCCCAUUAUUAACUGCAAACAAAUUUAAGAAUCCAUCUCAAAACGGAAAUGAGGUUGAAAAUGAUGAGUCAAUCUCUGAUGCUGAUCUUGAAAAUAUUGUUGGUGUGGGAGACAACUCUGAAUUAGAGGAAAUGGACCCUCCUAGCACCCUCCAGUGUGAACUUCGGCCUUAUCAAAAGCAGGCUCUCCAGUGGAUGUUUCAGGUGGAGAAGGGAAAUUGCAUGGAUGAGGCAGCAACAACACUGCACCCUUGCUGGGAAGCAUAUCGCUUAGCAGAUAAGAGAGAUCCUGUUAUCUACUUGAAUGCAUUUACUGGUGAUGCUACAAUAGAAUUCCCAAGCACUCAUCAAAUGGCCAGAGGAGGAAUCUUGGCAGAUGCUAUGGGGCUUGGGAAGACCAUCAUGACUAUAUCCCUCUUAGCAACCCAUUCAGAAAGAGGUGGGCUAUCAGAUAGUCAAUCCUCAGAUCAGCCUUCUGAUCAAGGUGGUGAAGCCAUUGAUGUAUUCGGCCAAUCACCGAAUUCUGUGAAAACUGCAACGAAGUUUCCCAGCUUUGAUAAGUUGUCAAAGCAAAGGAACAAACUUGCUAAUGGUGGCAAUCUGAUUAUAUGUCCCAUGACUCUUCUUGGCCAAUGGAAGGCAGAGAUUGAAACUCAUGUGCAGCCUGGAUCUUUGUCUCUAUAUGUUCAUUAUGGUCAAAGUCGGCCAAAGGAUGCAAAACUUCUUGCCCAGAAUGAUGUUGUAAUCACUACAUAUGGGGUUCUAGCUUCAGAGUUUUCAGCAGAGAACUCUGAAGAUAAUGGAGGACUGUACUCGGUGCGUUGGUUCAGGAUUGUUCUUGAUGAAGCACAUACCAUAAAAUCCUCAAAAAGUCAAAUUUCCAUGGCUGCAGCUGCUUUAGUUGCUGAUCGUCGCUGGUGUCUCACUGGGACUCCGAUCCAGAACAAGCUGGAGGAUCUAUACAGUCUCCUCCGCUUUUUGAAGGUGGAACCUUGGGGAAACUGGCCCUGGUGGAACAAGCUCAUUCAAAAACCAUUUGAGGAAGGUGAUCAGAGAGGGCUAAAGUUGGUUCAGUCAAUCUUAAAGCCAAUCAUGUUAAGGAGAACAAAAUGUAGCACAGACCGAUAUGGCAAGCCGAUUCUAGUGCUACCUCCAGCCGAUGUUCAGGUGAUAUACUGUGAGCUCAGUGAAGCUGAAAAGGACUUCUAUGAAGCCCUAUUUAAAAGAUCGAAGGUGAAGUUUGAUCAGUUUGUUGAACAAGGUCGUGUUCUUCAUAAUUAUGCUUCUAUUUUGGAGUUACUUCUACGUCUACGUCAAUGUUGUGAUCAUCCGUUUCUUGUGAUGAGCCGAGGAGAUACACAAGAAUACACAGAUCUUAAUAAGCUAGCUAAACGGUUCCUUAGAGGCGGGCAGAGUACUCUAGAUGGUGAAGCCAAGGAUCUACCUUCAAGGGCAUAUGUCCAGGAAGUGGUUGAAGAGCUGCGGAAGGGAGAACAAGGAGAGUGUCCGAUAUGUCUUGAAGCAUUUGAAGACGCUGUACUGACUCCAUGUGCUCACCGCUUAUGCCGCGAGUGUCUCCUGGCAAGUUGGCGGAAUCCAAAUUCUGGUUUAUGCCCUGUUUGUAGGAAAACUGUUACGAAGCAAGAACUUAUUACAGCCCCAACUGAGAGUCGGUUUCAGGUUGAUGUUGAGAAAAAUUGGGUGGAGUCCACCAAGGUGGUUGUUCUAUUACAAGAACUUGAAAAUCUUCGCUCAUCAGGCUCUAAGAGCAUUCUCUUCAGCCAGUGGACUGCAUUUUUGGACCUCUUGCAGAUUCCUCUUUCUCGGAAUAACAUUCCGUUUCUUAGACUCGAUGGGACUUUGAAUCAACAGCAACGCGAAAAAGUAAUAAAACAGUUUUCAGAAGAUAGCAAAAUCAUGGUGUUGCUAAUGUCACUCAAAGCUGGUGGGGUGGGAAUAAAUCUAACUGCAGCUUCCAAUGCCUUUGUUUUGGAUCCAUGGUGGAAUCCGGCUGUAGAAGAACAAGCUGUGAUGCGCAUUCAUCGUAUCGGCCAAACUAAAAGGGUAGCAAUCAAACGGUUCAUUGUCAAGGGAACAGUAGAGGAAAGGAUGGAAGCAGUACAAGCACGCAAGCAGAAGAUGAUAUCUGGUGCCUUAACCGAUGAAGAAGUUCGAACAGCACGUCUUGAAGAACUCAAAAUGCUUUUCACUUAAAAUAAUAAUAAUGACUUCUUCAAAUUGUAUAACGAUGUAAGUUUGGAUGCACUUAUAUGGCUCAAACUAAUUAUUUAUUAGUAAAAAAAAAUAUUAUUUUUUAAAACUUUUAAUUAUAUUAUUAUUUUCAAAACUCAAAAA